AUGAGCGGCAUCGGAGGCGGAGGCUCAAGCUCCAGCGGGGCGGGUCGCGGGGGCUCCAAGUCCACGGGUCCGAGGCCCGUCAAGAUUGCCGCGGUGUCUCUCGUUGACUUGAAGGAGCAGGCAAACAAGGCUCCGACGCAAUCUCGAGGGUGGGGGGUCAUCCCGCAGCCCGCGGCUUCGAGCGAGGCCUCCGGUGUCUCCUCGUCUCUCUUUCCUCCGGUCACUGCACUGAAGCAGCAGUUCCAUUCUUCCUCGUCGUCCGCCUCCUCUCUGAGCGCCGCUCUGGUCAACAAAGGGUCGGGCCUCGCGCGCGCCGGUGGCACAACUAGCCACGCCCUCGACAAGAAACGAGGAGUCAUGGAGCAGACGGCGGGAGAAGGCGGAAAGAACGAGGGAGGCCAACAAGGCGACAAGGACGCAGGUAACGCCAGCCUCGCGAAUAGAGACCAAGAAGGAAACCGCGACAAAGCGGAGGGUGCUGGAGCCCAAGCGGGGGGCGAGGACAAACCCGCGACACGGGGCGAGUCGCCUGCGUCGACAGGGUCUUCAAACGCGGCAGCGGCUGGCGCCUCUGGCUCUUUGGAGAAGAGCGGAGAAAAAGAGGAGAAAAACCAGAAAGCCGAAGGCGACAAAAACAAAGCAGAAGGGGGCUCCUCAACAGACUCUACGCAGCAGCCGACCGCAGCGGAGGAAGCCCUGCGAGCGGGCGGGACGGCCAUCUCGCUUUCCAAGUUGAUUACGGCGACAAAAAAAGUUGGUAUCAGCGUGAGCGUGCGCGGCCGCGCAGUCAACACAGCAGCGGGGACGGUGAAGCCUUCAGGCUCCGCUUGGAAGAGCGGGGUGUCUGCAGCGGCCUCAUCGUCAGGAUCGUCUGCGUCUGCGCCCUUCUUCGCUGGAGCUGCGUGUGCCGCGGGGGUCGCCUCAGCGCCGUAUGCGGCGCGCGUUGCGGGCGCAGUCCCGACGGGGGCGGUGGACGAGGAGGCCUUCCCCGACUUGAUGAAGAGCGCGGAGCAGGUGAAGCUGGAGGCGCAGAAGGAGAAAGACCGCCAGAAGCGCGCGAAAGAAGCUCUGCGUCGCGCCGAGAAGGGCGACGACAACGCAGGUGGCAGCCAGCCGCACGCCCGGCGCUUGGGCCUACAGGAACUCAUGGAGCUGACAACGGACCCGUCCUCGGCGCUUUCUGGCGGCGGGGACAAGAGCGGCGACAAGGACUCCGCGGCGCGCCCCGCUCGUCCGCAGCGGCGCUGGGCUGACGAAGAGCCUGAAGAGGAGGAGGAUUUUCUGCAGGGAGGGAAUGGGGCCGACGCUGAGAAAGGGCUGUUCUGUCCGUUCGACGGCCGCAGAGAUUUCGGCGGAAGAACGCCAAUCAGCCCUCUCCCCCACUACGUCUUUCCCGGCAUGGAGGGCUCCAUCGUCGCGGGUUAUCUGUCCUUCAUCUCCGUGGGACAGCGAGACCCGCCCCCCUCCCCGCCGCCUCUCGACACCUAUCCAGUCCAACCUGCGGGUCCGCCCCGCCAAGGCGCGGCCGGACCCGUCGGGGUGCAGAACUUCCGCACCAACGCGUUCUACAACCUCCCCGCUGCCGGCAACUGGCCCGGGGCUCCGGGCGGGCCGCCCCCGCAGGCUGGGGGCCAGAUGGCCCGUCCCGGGCCCUCGCUGUUGCGUGAGAAGAACUGGCGCCAACCGGCGGCGGCGGCCGGCCCUGACACGGUCGCGCCAGGCUCGCUGCUUCCGACCAACGCGUUCCAGGGCAGCGUUCCGCCGCAGCCGGGUCGUCUGCAUGUGCUGCAGAGAGACGCAGGAGACAGGGAGGGCCUGCAGCAGCGCACGCUGCCCCCGCCGUACGCCGUGGGUCAGCCCCAAGACCCGCCGCGGUUCGGGCUGGGGGGCGCGGGGCCGCAGCGCGGAAUCCCGUUCGCGGUCACGGAGGCUGACAUCGAGAGGCAGCGCGAGCUGGCGAAGGCGAAGGCGGAGGAGCGCAAGAGGGAGGAAGAAGAGAGAGAGCGUGAGCAGAAGGAGCGCGCCAACAGAAAGCUGCAAGAGCUCGAUGAGAGACUCGCGCGCAGCGGGAAACUGCCCGGCGGAGCCGAACAAGACCCCAGUCAGAGAGAUACUGCGGCCCCGUCACUUCAGGGCCCGGGUGCGGCUGUCGCGCUGCCGUACGGGAAGAUGGAUCGGACGCGUGGAGCGAGUGUGCAGGACCGCGGGGGCCCACGGGGCCACGGCGCGAUGCAGCGGCCGACUUCGUCGAUGGUCAGUGGGGACGAGAGAGAGAACGAAGACUGGCGGCGACCUUCGCCGCCAGCGGACACGCCGUCGGGCGGGAAACGGUCCCCACGGGCCGCGAACGCCGGGGCGCCUUUCCCGCCCGCGUUGUCCUUACCGCGGAAUCCCCCGCCGCCUCCGCCUCUCGCGGCAGCUGGACGAGGGCGUCAUGAUUCUUCGCAGAAGUCGCUUCUGGGAGCUGCCGGCAAGAACGUGCACCACCUCACGCACCCGCAUGCAACGGGCGCGUCGGGAGAUCCCGCGUCGCCUGGCCCGCUUCUCGUCGCGAAUCCGAAUGCGUUGAUCGGCGGGGCGGAUGUGCAUGGACCGCGCGGUCACCUCGGCAAGAAGGGCGCGCCCGUGAAGGGUGAACCUGGAGCCUUCGGAAACGACGGCGUCCCGUUUCAACAAGCCAGCCUUUUGGGCCCCCAGUCGCAGCCUCCGCCGCCGCCGGGCGGCGUCCCACCUGCUCCAUUCGGCGCGCCGGGCGCAGGCCGCGGGCCCCACGGGAAAGGCAUAGCAGGAGGAGGCCCAGGGCCACUGGCGGAAGACAGGGACGACAUGAGGUUCGCCAGAGGGCGUCAGGGCGGCGAUAUAGGCCCGCACGGGCCUGUUGGGCCCGAGCUGGUCCGCGGGGUGAACGGGGAGGAGCCCCUUCCGCCCUUGUUGAGUCGCGAGCGCCCGCGCGGAGCUGGCGCGCAGUACUCGGCCCCGCCGCUUCACCCUCAGGACGGACACCGAGAGAUGGAAGAAGGCGGGACUGGGUUCGCGGCUGGGCGAGGCGCGGCCUCGCAAGCCGCUGCUGACGCCGGAAGAGAAGAAGGAGAUGAGCACGAUGGCGUGGACGGCGAACGGCGCCAGGCCGCGCGACCCCGGUACAGAUUCGGAGCCCUGGUCAACCAGCACCUCGAGGAGAGACAGAGAGAGGAAGACGCCGGACGCGGAGGCCCACAGGCGGCAGCUGAGCCGGAAGCAAUCGGGGGUGCUGCCCAGUUGCGAGAGAAGAGCGCAAGGGGCGCGGGCGAGCGAGGACGAGGCGCGGGUCAACAGCCGACGGCCGAAAAGGGUAGAAGCCGCAGCGCACACAAGCGCGAAGGCGCAGCCGGCCCGGACGCAGAAACGUGGCGCCAGGCCCCCGGAGAAGAGCGGGAAGACUUCCAGCAGGGCAGAGAGAGAGGACAUGGAGAGGCCGGCGCACACAGAGGCCGAGGACCGAAGCGCGACAUGUCUGGGAGUUCCAGUCAGCCAGUUCUUCUUCCAGGCUCAUCGCCGGCGGCCGCAGGCUCCGCAGCAGGGCCUCAGAAGCCUCUCCCUAGGGGUAUGCUACCCUUCCCGUCGCCCAUGCGCGGAGGUCAGCAGCCGAACGGGUCCCAGCCGGGGCGAGGCAUGGCGCGCGCGAGCUCCCCUUCCGCGGAAAACAGCGUGGAGGGCGGCGCCCCGCAGAGCGCAGGGGGAGGCUUCACGGGACGCGAGCGAGCGGGACGAGGUCCGAAACAGCCGUCCAGCCCCACGAGCGACAACUGGAGGGCGGAGAAGCCGGCGGCGCCGGGUGCGUAUGAAGAGACUCCGCGGCUUGGUGAGGGUGUCGUUUCUGGCGGACGCGCGCAGGGCGCGCAGCAGCACUUCCCUCACGGCGCAGGUUCGCAAGCCUCGUCGGUACCUUCGCAGGCGGGAGCGCAGGCAGGUCCUCAGCAGCCACCUCUCAUUGCCAACGUGCCUCUUCUGGGUUUCCCACCUUCCUCUGCAGGGCCGGCCGGUUCCGGGUCAGGAAACGAGGGUAAGGGCUUCCAGCCAGGAAUGAUGCCCUCUGCGUCUGCGGGAAGUUCUUCAGCGAACGGGGAGCCAGGCAAGCUGCCUGGCGGUGGCCCCCAGACUGCAGGAGGGAAUUGCGUCAAAGACCUCCACAAGAAUGCGACUCUGUGGCAGCUGUCGAGCGCUUCUUUCCCCACGAAGAAACCGGGGGCGGCGAACGGGACCGGCGGCGGAGCCGAUGCGGCCUCUGGGGCGGGCCUGCUGCGCAAGCCCAACAGCUCGAACGCGUCUGUGGAGGACCAGCCGCCGGCGUCGGCCGCUGCUGGGCCUUCGCAGCUGGCGCCAACGGGGGGCACCGCAGGAACUAGCGACCUCUCCUUCAAGGCGCUUCUCUCUGCGCGGCCUUCUCCCGCGGUUCUGGUGGCGACGCACCACGCACCGAAGGGCGCCGACGACGGACUUCAUCUUGCGCCUGCGCCCGCCAGCCGCGUCGCCGAGAGCGCAGAGGCUGCUUUGAGCGUGAGCGCUGAGCCGAGCGCUGCCGCUGGAAGCGCCAAGCUGCCGACCGCACACGGACGUGGUGGCGCCGGGUCCAGGGCCGGUGAAGGCGGCAAAGGAGGACUGGCGCCUCAGCAGGGAGGCAAUUCCGCCCCCGCGGCGCCGGCAACAGAGACAGCGGGGCACGGCGCGGGCAGCGGCCGAAAUCAGGGAGCGGGUCGCGGGAGUCAGCGCGAGAGAGACUCGGCGGCGAAGGCCGAGGAGACCGAGAGAGGCUCGCGGGGCGCCGGGUCGUAUCGCAAAGGAGGCGGCAACGCAGGCGCAGGGGCCCAACGCUCGUGGGCGGUGGUUGAGAAGCUAGGGAAGUCGCAGAUGAACAAGGGCGACAGAGAGGAAGCUGACGAGCUCCGAGGGACCUCCGGAGCGGACGCAGCGGCCUCUCGCGUGGGCUGGGGGGAAGGCACUGGCCGAGGCGCCGCGCUCGGUGCGAACAGCGCGAGGCCGCAGAGAGCGGGAGACUGUCGGCAAGAGGAAGAGGCGGGUCACGCGGGUGAAGGAGGCGGCGCUGCGAGAGGUGGACGCGGAGGAGGAGCGGCCCCAGGAGGUGCAAAGGACCCGAGUGCUGGUCGGAAUUCGGCUACAAGCCGCGGUCGCGGUUCCGGCGCGGGCGCAGAUGGAGGAAGGGCGCAUUCCCCGUCAGGGGCAGCCGCGUCCUCCUCGACUCAGCCUCCUCCACGCGGCCCAGAGAAAGAGCGAGGGUCCGGUGGCGACGCGAGCGGCGACCACCAGAAAGGCCGGGAGCAGGGCCAGGGGGGCGCGCGCGGGGGUCGCGGCGGUCGAGGUGUCCGCGGAGGAAGCACCACGACCGGCGGACGGGGGGGCAGUGUGCACGCAGAAAAGGGCGAACAGGCCCCGGGAGCGAGCCCGUUGAACUCACCGCAGGGCGAAGGAGCGUCGGCGUCUUCGGCGUCCACAGAAGAGUCCCGCCAUCGAGGCCACGCAGCAGGGCGCCCUGCCCCGGCUUCCUCUCGGCAAGCAGGCGCGGCAGGAGGCUCCGAGAGAGGGGACAAGGAAGCUGGCGCGAGAGGACCCGGGCAGCGCGGUGGAGCUGCAGGCCAGCAGCAGGGCGCGGCGACGAAGGCUGGCGGGUCCAAGGCGUCGGGCGGAGGACCGGCGGCGUUUGGGCGAGAGCGAAAUGCAGGCGGCGCAGGCGCAGCUGUUUGGCUGCCCAAGGGCGCAGCGGCCAAAGGUCAAGCGGCGGCCCAAGAGGACGAGCAAAGCGAAGAGGUGGCCGCGGAUGAUGAGGGAUUCCAGUUGGUCAAGAGCAAGCGCCGCGAGCAGCAGGAGAAGCGAAAGAAGGCGGAGCAGAAACAGCGAGGCACGGACAACAAGGGCGCCGCGGCGGCGAAUGCUGGCGGGCAGACGACUCAGCAGGGCUCGGGGCGCCAGAACGCGCGGCGCGACAAGGGCCAGCAUCAUGGUGCAGCAGCUUCGUCCUCUUGGAACGCGGGCGCGCCGACGACGACGCCAAGGGCGCAACCCACAGAGGAGGCUCCUGCGGGAUCGACGGCGGCGAAGUCCGGCGCACAGGACGAGGCCUCAGCGGUCGAUCGGAAAUCCAAGGGCGAGAAAGAGGGCGAAGGGACCGUCGCCAGCGGCGGAGGGCGCGGUCAAAGACACGAAGGAGGCGGUAGAAAGCCGUCUGCAUCUCCUCGCGGAGACGGGCGAUCCGGUGGCGGGAGAGGAGGCUCGCAGGCGCCGAAACGCCACGGCGAAGACUCUGCCUCGCACGGCCGCGACAAGAAAGAAGGGCGGGCGUCUGGCCAAGGCGAGGGCCGAAAGGACUUUAGCGGCAGUGGCAAGGGAGGCACGCGAGGAGGCGAAGGGACGCUGACGGCCGCGACCACCGUGGAGAUCGCCACGAAUGCGUCUGAAGGCCCUGCUGCCCUCGAAGAGCAGCGUGCGACUCGCCCGAGAGGGGAAGAGGAACCAAGGGUCGCACGCGAGGCAGGUGACAGCGCGGAGAAGAAGGAAGCGUCUGCGUUUGGUCUUCUUCCGCUGCCUGCGGGAACGGCGUCGUCCGGCGCGUCCGCCCGGCGGCAGAGUGGCGGUGGAGCCCGAGGCGGUCGCGGCUCCUCCCAGCACCGCCGCGGGAAUGGUGAGAGUGGCCAAGGCAAGACUGAGGGCGAGGAAAGCCGCAAAGACGAAGGCACCAACGCGCGAGAGGAGCGUGGCCAUGAGAAGUCGGGGCGCGAGCGACGGGGGUCUGCCAUGGGGAAGGGGGGCGCGCGGCGCGGAGCUGGAGGGUUCGAUGACUCGAAGCGGAGGCAAGGCAGCCCCGCGGUGCUGGAGGGCAAGGCCCGCGAGCAAGGCGCUCAGAGUGCGGCGACGACGACGAGGGAUCCUUGGCACAGCGCUUCGCAGCAGGGCUCCGCGUAUCCCUCUCAGCAGGGAAUGGACGCGGCGGGCAACUCUGUGCAUGCUCAGCCGCUUCUGUCUGAACAAGGAGGAGGCGCGCAUCUUCCGGUGGCGGGCGGCAGCCCGCCGGGAGAUCGAGGCAGGACUGGGGCGUCGCCGACGUCGUCCGUGGGACCAGCGUACUCGCUAUGGUCUUCGAACUUCAACCAGCCAGUCACGGCGUCGUCGCGCGUGGCGCCGGAGACGAUCGCCGCCAUCUGGGCCCGCGACACGGGCUCCGCUCCGACCGCGGUCGGAGGCGGCGCUCCGAGGGGAGGCCGGAUGCCGGGGAGCCCUACCGGCGCUCCGGGCGAAAUGGCAGGCCUAGCACCGCACCACCACAUGACGCCAGUGGGCAUGCCGAUCCCUCCACACCACCAAGGCGGGCCAGCUGACCCGUUUCACCAGGCCGGCGGGCCUCUCGGGCCUUCGCCGCUUCACUUCCCGCCUCAGCUCCACCGGUCCAUGCAGCCGCCGGGGGCUUCCCGGGGAGCUUCCUCGGGCCUCGUGACCGCUGCAGACGGCCAGCUAAUGGGCCAAGGCGGUUCCCACCGUGUUCCCCCUUCUCACGUUCUGCAUGCGUCGCAGCACCUGAUGCAUGGGUCCGGCGCACCUGCGCAAGUAGGUGGAAGCCUGAACCCCCGCGCUCCAGGCGUGCCUCCGUCUUCGAUGCCUGGAUCCCCGGCGUUGUUCCAGCCCGGCUGCUAUGGCGCCCCUGGGGGAGCGGCCGUGCCCCGCCCGGGGGCCCCACGCAUGCCUGCGCAGCGGAACGUCGCGGGGUCCCUCGCGGGCGCCCCGGGCUCCCUCUCCAAGGCCGAGAUGCUGGGCCCGCCGUUGCUUCCUGGGACAGCGACCCCUGGCCUUGUGACGCUUCCUCCGGGGCAAGGAGGCCCUGCCGGUGGAGCGCACGGGACCGGCUCGUCGAGGAUGGACUUGUACGACCCGCGCAAUCCGCUGGCCGCCUCGUCUUUCGCGCCGGUGCCUCAGGGCUCCUCCCACCCUCAUUCUGCAGUAGUCGCUGGCAGCCACCCCUCCUACGUGAUUCCUGAUGCCAGCCACCUUCUCCCCGCCUUUGCGCACCCGCAAGGCCCGGCGUUCUCGUCCCCUCUUGGCCAUGAGGGUGCGGCGCCAGGGGCGCCUGGCGGCGGCCGAGCCGGGGGACCUGGAGGCCCACCCAUGUGGGUGGCUGCGGGGAGCCCGGGUGCGGGCCAGGCGGGCGCAUUCGUGGCGUCGUCCCCAGGUCCUCACCAUCAGCAGGGCCGCGGCGGACACCCCAUGGGGCGAGGAAGUGAUAUGUUGUCCCCGACUCAUGGUUUCGGCGCAUUCAUGCCAGCCCAAGGUGGAGGACGGAACGGCAACGGAGCGCAGCAGUUCGGGGGCAUGGGGGCUGCCGGACAGCGGGGCGCAGGCGCAGCCGGAGGAGGGGGCGAGUUCUACAUGUGA